CACGAAAAUUCAAUUGUAUAAUUAACUUAUUUUGCAUGAAACUAAAUCAGUCACCCCUAAAGAAUCAUUUGCAUUAAAUUUUAGAAAACGUAUCCAUUUUUAUUUUGCCAAAUAGAGAAAAAUCAAUAAAAUUUAUAAUAAAUUAAAAAUUAAAACACCACCCAAUGCAUAAAAAAAGACCAUAUGUGGUGCAAUAUUUUUUCUUUUCCGUUACAAAAGUUUUUACUUUGACGAUAUUUUACCUUACAAAAGACAACCCUCGAGCUGUUGUUCUACGAUUUUACCGAAGAUCCGACGGAGAUUCAGGGAAAGAUGCUCAAAAGACAGAAAGAAGAAGAAGAAAAACAAGAAAUUGAUUCGAAUUCUCUUUUAGGGGUUUUAAGCAGCAGUUUCUUUUUUUUUCCUAGUUCAAAUUCAUGGCUUUCUCGAUCUCACAGUCUGGUUUGGUUUCUACAAAGAGGUUAAACUUGUGUCCGGCAGUGCCUAGGGUUCUCCCACUUCCCCAGUUCGCUAAAGCCAAGGUUGUAAACGGAGAUGUGUCGAUCAAGAGGCCUCUACGCGUCUCCUCUGUUGCAAAGUUUGGAUCUUUGGAAUCAAGAACCCUAAACCCUAAGUUCAAGAUCAGUUGCAGAGCUCAGGAGGGCGACCAGGCAAGGCCUUUGGAUCCCGAAAUCGAUCAAGUGCCAAAAUCAGAGGCUGCCCAGAAGCUCAAAAUCGGCAUUUACUUUGCCACUUGGUGGGCUCUGAAUGUGGUUUUCAAUAUCUACAACAAGAAAGUUCUCAACGCCUUUCCAUAUCCAUGGCUGACAUCAACUCUCUCUCUGGCGGUUGGCUCUUUGAUUAUGCUCCUCUCUUGGGCUACAAGAAUUGCUGAAACCCCCAAAACUGAUCUUGAGUUCUGGAAGAACCUGUUCCCGGUUGCAGUGGCACAUACAAUUGGGCAUGUAGCAGCAACGGUAAGCAUGUCAAAGGUUGCAGUGUCAUUCACACACAUAAUAAAGAGUGGUGAACCAGCAUUUAGUGUGUUGGUGUCACGGUUUUUGCUCGGUGAGAGCUUCCCCGUUCCAGUUUACUUGUCCCUCAUUCCAAUCAUUGGUGGUUGUGCACUUGCAGCAGUUACUGAGCUCAAUUUCAACAUGAUUGGAUUUAUGGGGGCGAUGAUAUCAAACUUGGCGUUUGUGUUUAGGAAUAUAUUCUCAAAGAGAGGAAUGACUGGGAAGUCUGUGAGUGGGAUGAACUACUACGCCUGCUUGUCUAUGCUGUCUCUGGUGAUUCUUACACCUUUUGCUAUUGCCAUGGAAGGCCCCCAAAUGUGGGCUGCUGGCUGGCAAGAAGCUGUUUCUCAAAUCGGUCCCAAUUUUGUUUGGUGGGUGGCUGCACAGAGCAUAUUCUAUCAUCUGUACAACCAGGUGUCGUACAUGUCGCUGGAUCAGAUAUCUCCAUUGACAUUCAGCAUAGGGAACACGAUGAAGCGAAUUUCGGUGAUUGUUUCCUCCAUCAUCAUCUUCAGGACACCUGUUCAACCGGUCAAUGCUCUUGGAGCCGCGAUUGCUGUCCUAGGAACCUUCAUUUACUCCCAGGCUAAACAGUGAGUGUGAUAAAUGGCUGAAGGAUCAAUCUAUCUAUGAAGAUGGUUGGGAUCUGCACAGCUGAGGUUUCAUAGUUUUUUGUUUUGUUUUUGUUUUUCAUUCAAAAUUACUUGCUGAACUUUUUGUGGAUUCCUUGACUGGGAGUAUACUGUCCAUGUUUUUUCAAUGUAUGCAAUGGUAGAAUAAGAGAAGUGUGUAGUUAAUACUUUUAAGAUGCUAAAGUAUGUUCCAAUCAUAUUUUUUGUUGUUUGGUAGGAAGGAAAGUUUUUUCUUAAAAAGUUCGUUUCUUUUAUUAAGGGUUCAUAG